UCUCUAUUGAUUACAUCGUGAUACAGUAACUUCAAAUAACUAAUCCAAGACGUUUGAAGACAUUGUGAUCACAAGAAUACAUAAUACAAAUCAACACUUGAUUCGUCGGAAACCGUGCUAAACCAUCCGCAAAUUGUCUGUCACUAGGAGUGGCUGCCGAAAAGACGGCUGACAAACAUUCAUUCUUAGCACUUCCAUCUGCUCAACUUCUUCUCAAGAAUUAUACUCUCCACCUCUUCCUUACCAUAUUGCGCCCCUACAAUUCCCAUAUAGACAAUCUCACCGAGUGAAAAGGUUCGGAGGAUUCACAGACUCUCACAAUGAAGCUCGUGCUAUCAACCUCAAACAUACUCACAGGCACCUCGUCUGUCAUUCGACGACCAACCUUCGAGAAAUCAAAUACCGAACUUACCUCCUCACUGCGCGCAAACUUCACAGCUCAUCAGUCAUCGCCCUCAACGCCCCAGAACGGCGCACUCAUCAACGGCGCAUCGUCUGCCCCCUCCACACCCAAUACACCAGCGAAACCUUCCUUCCGAUCAUGGACAACACAGCAAGACUCCACACUCUACAUACCGACCCAUACCCCAUCACCUCUCACUGAACCCCGCGAGUACUACGACAUAACCGUGAAAUUGUUCUAUCUUCCAAACAUACCUGCGACCAGGCGCUGCAUAGAGACUCGUGAGGCAAUCGAUCUCGUGCUAAGGGAACUUGGCACCACGUCGAUAGACCUACUCAUCGUCAGCUUUCCGGGCAUAUCGUUCGACGCCGACGACGAGGACUCCGACAUAGACGAGCCUACGACUCCAGGCCUGGACACAUCAACGGCGAACUCAGAUGGGUGCGGGGAUGCAGAGGUAGUACCAGAGGACAUUGAUACUAUGUUGACUACCUGGCGGACGUUGGAGACGUUGCAUGCGGAAGGGAUUGUGUCGAAUCUGGGAAUUGCGGAGUUCGGCGUCCAGCGGUUGUCCAAGUUCCUCCCACAGACCAAGGUCAAGCCCAGUGUUGACCAGAUCAACGUUCGAGAUUGCUGCGUCGUGCCGAAGCCAUUGAUCCUCUAUGCGAAGCAGCAGGGCAUUCAACUAUUGACGCACAACGAUUGCACCAAUGUGCUUCCAAGGGGCACGCUGAGGGAGAUUUUGGGAUCUGGGGAGAAAGGUGUAGGGGUCCUUGCCAGUGAAAGCGCAGGAGACGGGCUCAAGGGAGAUGUGGAGCCUCAGUGGGUGGUUAAGUACACAGCAGUGGUAAAGGACAGAGGAGUGGUAGAGAGUAAAGGCUAUUUCGCUGUGGCAGAGCUGAGAGACUGA